UCUGGGUCUGUCAGUCCUCAGAGGCUCUGAGGGCUGGUGCUUGAGGGAGUGUACAGCCACAGGUGUUCAAAAAAACAAGCGCAAAGCAUCUGCCACACAGAGCUGUGUGAAAAUGCCUGUCAUUGGGCCAAAUGCCAUUUAGCGGCACACUUCUGUUCUUAGGCUAAUCAAUAAUCCACACAGGUAAAAGUUCAAAACCGACUGUACUGAAAAUUUGCCUUAGUCAUGAUUACAAGGGUAGGCUUUUCCUUAUCCUAUGAAGACCGACAGGGAAAGGUUUAAAAGAGAGAAGAAGAAAGGGAGAAAUUGGGAUCAAUUUCUUCCUGCAAGCGAGCAACAGUGUACUAUAUGGACCGAAGAAAGAAUGAUCAGAGAAGAGCAAGAAGAAGAAAGAAGGGCUGAGAGGCCUCGCUGGUAACUGGUUUGCUAGGACCAAAUUCUACUCCCUUAUGGAUCUUUUUCAGGGACGUGUGGAAAUCUGAUAGUCAAAGCUGAAGACAAACAACCUUCCUUAGGCAAAUAUAGGCUUGGCAUAUGGCUCCACCUUCUAAUGACCUGAUGACCACCAGGAUCUCCAUGCGUUCCCUGCCCUCCUUGGCCUCCAUCAGCAGUGCUAGCUCUGACCCCCGCUUCCAUUUCAAAUGGAGGGCCAUCACAGUGGUAGCUAUAUUAGCCUUGGGCUUGCUGCUCUAUCUGCACCAAACAGCGGGGGGCGCUACAGCGGAGACACAACUCUUUCCAUCACUGCGUCGUGCUGGUACUCAUCGGCUGAUUCGGGAUGCGACGGCCAGAACAGAGGCCCGUUACAACCACACAUACCCUCUGAGCCCACCAGAGCGCACUGCUAACGGUGUCCGCUACCGCAUAGCCGUGAUCGCAGACUUGGACACAAACUCGCGCAGCACCAAAGGCAAUACCUGGUUCAGCUACAUGCAGCGAGGCCACCUUCUAGUGUCAGACAACGGGGAACAUGUGGAGGUAGAGUGGGACCCGGACAAGGUGGUGCUGGAGAGCCAUUUAUCAGAAAAAGGGCGUGGGAUGGAGCUUUCCGACCUGGUGGCGUUUAAUGGACAUCUGUACAGUGUAGACGAUCGAACGGGCGUGGUGUACCGCAUUGAAGACAACCGGGCUGUACCCUGGGUCAUCCUGCCUGAUGGAGAUGGCAGCGUUUCCAAAGGUUUUAAGGCAGAGUGGUUGGCAGUGAAGGACGAGCACCUGUACGUGGGUGGGCUGGGGAAGGAGUGGACGACCACCACAGGUGAAUUCGUCAACAACGACCCCCAGUGGGUGAAAGUCAUCGGCUUCCAGGGUGACAUUCACCACGAGAACUGGGUGCCCCAUUACAUCGCGCUGAGGGGUGCAGCAGGCAUCAAACCACCUGGUUAUUUGAUACACGAAUCGGCAGGGUGGAGUGAACGACAACAGCGCUGGUUCUUCCUCCCACGCCGCGCCAGCUCUGAACGCUAUGAGGAAACAGCUGACGAGCGCCGCGCCACCAACCUGCUCCUGACCUGCACAGCUGAUUUCAGCCACAUAUCGGUGUCCCGUGUCGGGCGUCUGCUCCCCACCCACGGCUUCUCAGCCUUCAGGUUCAUUCCCAACACCCAUGACAACAUGGUCUUGGCACUGAAGUCUGAGGAGGACGCAGGCAAAAUCGCCACCUACAUCACAGCCUUCACACUGGACGGACGAGUCCUGUUGCCUGAGACAAAGAUCGGAGAUGUGAAAUACGAAGGACUGGAGUUCAUCUAGUUUAGUACAGGAGAGUGGAUUUCUUACAUGGGAGUGACUGGGUAUGUGACCAUGUGUGCAGUGUCGUAGAUUUAAAAUGUCAUAAAAAGAUCAGUUUCUCUUUAUGAUAUUUCUGUAUGCAGUGGUGAUACUAUACACUGUAUGUAUUCAUGUCCCCAUGCAGACCUGCCAGUGGAAGCACCUGAUACCUGUGCUGUCAUGGCAAGGGAGAUCAAUGACGUCAAACAAAACGCAAAGACACAAUUACAUGGCAAGCUACAUAGAGAGCUCACAGAGCUUACACGCUUGCCGUGUAGUCUUAAACGUGGGCCGAGUUCUUUCCUCAGCAUCUCUGUGAAAAACAGUGCUGCUAAAGACUCAGGGUUUUUUUUGUGAUUAAGACGCACAACAUGGACUAACUCUAACCAAACAGGAAUGAUCCAGAAGAUAAAUUUGUCUUUUAUUAAGUGGACAUGAAGGAUGAAGAUGCAAAUGAAUCAUGUUCAUGUCAGUGUGUUUUUAUUUAUAAUAUUUUAGUCAUGCAGAUAUUUGUAAAUUGCAUUAAAGUCACCCAAAACAUAUUCGGAAGUCAGGUUUGUGGUGGUUUCACGAAAACUACCAUUAGAAAAACAGAAAAAACUUUUACCCUCAUUGGACAUUAAAGUGCAUAUACCUUAAUAUGCAAAUUAGAAAUGCCCCUACAUACAGCAGUAGAGGUAAUAAUAAUGUACAGUAAUAAUAAUGAACAAUUUUAAUAAUUAAUCAUUAGUAAUAAUAUGUAAUAAUCAACCAGUCAACACAAAAAGAGUUUUUAUUCAUAAAACAGUAUGAUAUAAAGGGUGAGGUUUAGGGUGACUUUAACAACGGGGUCUGAAUGAGUGUUUUGUUUCUGUUUUAUUCUUGUGUUUUAAAAUCCUGCUGAAAUGCAUAUAUGCUCACUGAAUGUUGCUCUUCUGAGUUGUGGCUGUGAUCCUGAAUAUUUCACAGCCUUCAUCUUGGACAAGAAAUUAAAAUUAAGAUGCUUAAA